CCCCCCCUCCGUCUCUUAUCAUCAUUCCAUCACCCUCCGGUGUUCACUUUUUAACUCUCUCCCUCCCUCCUCAGCUUCCCUGGUGGUGCUUUUAUCGUCCUUCAACCUCGAAACUCCAAUUCCUGUUCUCACUACACUCCAAACUUAUCCACCAUGCCUCGCAUCGAAGACGCUGAGGGUGUUGACCCUACUGCUCCCGCUCCUCACCGCGAGUCUCGCGGUUCGCUCCCCAUUCCCGGUGAUCUCUCGGGCAACACUGUCGAGGUUCCCGCUACCCGCAGCUCCAUCAGUGAUGCCGCUCAGUUCAUGCACAACUUGAGCUUUGCUCCCUCUUCUCGGGACCGCCGUGCCUCGCGCAACUCCUUUGGCACUUCCCUUCCCAUUCCCAGAUCUCCCCGUGUCUCCCGGUUGUCCUCCGUUGUCACGCGAGAUGUCUCCCGGGAUAUCCUGGCCUCCCAGGUUCAGGACAUGUCCAAGGAGAAGGUCGCGGCCGCCAAGAACAUGGCUUUCGCCUUCGACAUUGACGGUGUCUUGGCUCACGGUAACCACGCCAUCCCCCAGGCUAAGGAGGCCCUGAAGAUGCUCAACGGUGACAACGAGCUGGGCAUCAAGAUCCCCUACAUUCUCCUGACCAACGGUGGUGGUAAGACCGAGGAGGCGCGCUGCGCGCAGCUUACCGAGGUUCUCGACUGCCCCAUUUCUACCGACCAGUUCAUCCAGUCCCACACCCCAAUGCAGGCAUUGGCCGAGUACUACGAGACUGUCUUGGUUCUCGGUGGUGAGGGUCAGAAGAUCCGUGAAGUCGCCGAGAACUACGGCUUCAAGAACGUCAUCCACCCCAAGGACAUUCAGGCCUGGGACCCCACCGUCUCCCCCUGGAGCACUCUCUCCGAGGAGGAGAAGGCCGAGGCCAAGCCCCGCGACUUCUCCCAGGUCAAGUUUGACGCCAUCCUGGUCUUCGCCGAUUCUCGCGACUACCAGACUGAUAUGCAGCUUAUCAUGGAUCUCCUGCUUGCUGAGGACGGCAAGCUCCUGACCCGCGCCAAGGACCCCGUCGCUUCCCGCAUCCCCAUCUACUUCUCCCAGGGUGACCUGCUCAUGCCCACUGACCACAAGGGCCCCCCUCGUCUCACCCAGGGUCUCUUCCGGAUCUCCAUCGAAGCUCAGUACAAAGCUCUCACCGGGGUUGAUCUCGAGCGUGUUGUCUACGGCAAGCCCGAGCGCGCCACUUACACCUACGCCGAUGAGGUCCUCAAGUCCUGGAUGGAGGAGAUCCACAACGAGAACAAGCUUCCCCAGAACAUCUACAUGGUCGGUGACAACCCGGCCUCCGACAUCUGUGGUGGUAACAUGCACGGAUGGAACACCUGCUUGGUCCGCACCGGUGUGUUCCAGGGCGGGGACAACGACGAGAACAACCCGGCCAACUUUGGUGUCUUCCCCAACGUACUCGAGGCUGUCAAGGCCGCCGUCCGCAAGGAGUUGGGCCAGGAGUUCAAGUUCAAGUGGAACCCCAAGGUCAACCCCGUUCUCCACGGCGAGAACGCCUCCGCUGUCGAGUAAGCGGGGGUUGCCUCGGUGCAAAAAUCCAACCAAACAAGCAGAACGAGGAACUUGGUCAUUGCGAUGGCUAGUUUCUUUGCUCUAUCUUCCUUCUCAUUCCCCUUUUAUUAUACAUCAUGUGUGAUUGGUCAAAAUAC